AUGGAUGUGGCAUUGGCGUCCCGGCAACGGGCUCUGGUUGCCCAAGCUGACCUGCAGGCAUGGCAGUCGCAGUUGGAAACCAGCUGCCCUGCCCGCAAAGCUUUGCUUUUGUCUGAAGCUGAGCCGGGGGGCCGCGCCUUCUUGGCCGCUGUACCGGCCGGGCGGAAGCGCAUGGAGCCUGCCGUCUUCACCGCCGAACUGAGACACCGGUUUGGGGUGGCUGAAGCUUCCGCCGACGGAUGGUGCCCUCGGUGCGAUGGUGUGCUCGACACCUUCUCCUUGCACGCCGAGCCGGCAGCGAGCGGAACCAACGUCACCACGCUCUCCGGGACUUGGUGUGCGCUUGGGCGGACCGGGCUGGCCUGCAGCCAGAGAAGGAGCGACCUGGCCUACUUCUCCCACAGCGCCCUGAAGACACUGGCGUUGCUCGUCGGCGCCCUGCAGACAUCUUUGCCCCUUGCUAGCUUAGCAGACGCAGGGCGGCAAGGAGGAGCUGCAGCUGCAGCCUACUCAGCUGUGAAAAUAGCUCACUUGGACACCGGUUUGUGCUGCCAGCAGCAAGGCCUUGCUUUUGUCCCCCUGGUGGCUGAGACGACAGGUGCUUGGGACCCUGCAGCGGCAAAGGUUUUGCAGACCAUUGCCCGUGCGGUUGCCGCCGCGAACAAGUCGAGCCUGCGGCAUUGUUUUCUGAGAUGCUGCAAGAAACUUCGGUGUUGA